UCGAGGUGGUGGUGGAGUACAGUCUGCUUCACUUCUCCAGUCAGAGCACAACCAUGAAGACAGUAAUUUUGAUGCUCGUGGUGGUGUCGACGGCGGUGUGGGCGGGUCCUCAGGGGUAUGGCAGCCAGGGGGGCGGCGGAGGUGGUGGUGGUGGUGGUGGUUCUGGAGGACAAGAUUUUGCACCCCCCCAAUACAACUUCCAGUGGGACGUCAACGAUUCGCCCUCAGGCAACUUCUACGGCCACAAGGAGGAGAGAGAUAAUGACGAUACUCGGGGAAGUUAUUACGUACAACUUCCCGACGGUCGCCGUCUAGUGGUCGAUUACUUUGUGGAUCAGUGGGGCUACCACCCCACCGUCACCUACGAGGGCGAGGCCACCUUCCCUUCCGGGGGUGGUGGAGGUGGAGGUGGUGGUGGUGGUGGAGGUGGAGGUGGUGGAGGUGGUGGUGGCUCCCAGCAGGGUUACUAUCAGUAGCUGACCCCCAACCCUGAGCUGCUUUUUCGGCCAGCGGCUCCGGUCAGGACUUGAGGAUGAUUCUCAUCAGGGUCGUUGUCACCUGUGGACCCAUAAUCAUCUGAGGCCAAUGGCCACGAUGACGGUGGCUCCCAGCAUGGUUACUAUCAGUCAUCUACUUACACUCUUCUCACCUGAUGCCUCAGACUUAAGUACAAGGUGCAAGGCCCCGUUUGUUUAUAAUUCUCACCUAAAAGACUUGUGCAGUUUCCGUUAGUUGUUGUGUUCAGCGUUACGUUAUGUUCUGUGUUACUUGUUAUUAUCAUCAUUUAGCUAACUAUAUUUUUCUAAAGAUUUUGUUAUAUUAAUAAAAGUAUUUCAUAUUUCAUGUAA